AUGAUGAAGGUAGCCCUGGCGUUUCUAAUCAUUUCUUAUACAUACUGCGAGCUCACAGCGCAUUGUGUGUCGUGUACCACCCGUGUUUGGGACCCCAGCGACGUUCGAAACGGUCUCUCGCAAGAGUACAAAGCCUGGCGAGAGGCAAAGGGCCAUGAAGCAUCGGAGCACGAGGAGAGCGCAAAGGCAUCGCUAUCUUUCAGCACGCCCGUUCCUCCAAAGAGGGGCGCCAACUGUUUGGCUUCGGCCGAGAGGAUUGGUGAUUCUAGCUGGGCGCCAAAGAAUCAGGGAGCAUAA